AUGAUACAGACCAUUUCAACACAUCGUGGUACGUAUCGCAUGCAUAGGCCUAGUUUUGGAAUCAAGACAGCACCAUCAGAAUUCAAUCGCAUUCUUUCGCAAAUUCUCAAAGGAUUACCAAAAACAGAAUCUUACUUUGACGAUAUUAUUAUACAUUAUGAAACACUUCAAGAAUGUACUGAAAAUUUAGAAGCUUGCUUACAAGGACUUUCUGACUAUGAUUUGCACAUAAAUAAACAAAAGUGUUCCUUCUUUCAAGAAAAAAUCGAAUAUCUCGGACAUGUUAUUGAAUAUAAUAAGAUAAGUAAAUCGCCAACAAAAAUUCAAGCUGUUCAAGAAAUGCCAAGACCAUCAAAUAUUGAAGAAAUCAAACGAUUUUUGGGACUUGUAACUUACUACUCCCGUUUUAUGCCAAAUUUUUCAACUAUAUCAUACCCACUUCGACGGUUGCUAAGAAAAAACCAGCCUUGGUUAUGGACUGCAAGUUGUGAAUCUGCAUUCCUGAAACUGAAAAAUGAACUUACCAGUGAUAGAGUUCUUGUUCCUUUUGAUACUAGUUUACCAAUUGUCCUGACCACAGAUGCCAGCCCUACGGGAAUUGCAGCAGUAUUGAGUCACUCUAAACAAGGUGUAGAAAGACCUAUUGCUUACGCAUCUCGUUCACUUACCAACUCUGAAUAUUCAGAAUUUACAUUGUUUGAUGGCAUACUUUUUCGAAGAGAAAGAGUAGUUAUUCCAAAAAGCUUACGUUCAAACAUACUAAAGGAACUUCACGAAACUCAUCUAGGAAUAACUAAAAUGAAGCAACUGGCAAGACAGUAUGUUUAUUGGCCUGCCAUUGAUCGUGACAUUGAAAAUUUAGUCAAAGGAUGUGAAGGCUGCGCAUUGACAAAGUCUAAUCCUCCAAAGGUAUCUGUCCAUCCGUGGGAAUCUCCAGCAGAUAACUGGGACAGAAUUCAUAUAGAUUAUGCAGGUCCAUUUGAAAAUUACUAUUUUUUGGUGUGUGUUGAUGCUAAGUCCAAAUGGGUGGAAGUCGAAUCAUUAAAGAUGCCCCAACUAGUUCAAAAACUAUCCUUUUGA